AUGGUUCUCAAACCUUUCAAGAAAAACCCUCUUCCAACCCUUUUUCUCAUCACCAUAUUCACCAUCAUUUUUCUUCAUUUAUGGUCAAGAAAUGAAGUUUCAACAAAAAUCUACCAAAACUUUGGCAAGCGUCCCAAGUGGUAUCAAAUAAUAGCUCAAAAGUUUGGGAAAAGAAAAAUCAGAGUUGGCUUAGUUAAUAUAAACAGCGAAACUAGCCAAAGCAUCAUUGAAUCAAUGCAUGGAGCGGCUGCUGAGAUAGUAAAGGUUGAAUUUCAGCAUGUGGAUGGAAAUGUCCAGUGGGAUGAUUUGUUUCCCGGGUGUAUCAAUGAAGAUGAACCCAAACAACAGAAAUGCCCGGAAAUUCCAAUGCCGCCGCGGAUGGAAGAACACCGGGAAUUCGACGUCGUGGUGGCUGAUGUUCCAUGUCCUAAAGGAGGAGAUGAAAAUGGUUUUGGUUCAAGGGAUGUGUUUAGGUUGCAAGUGAAUUUAGUUGUUGCUCAAUUGUUGGUUAAAAAUGAGGGGGAAAUAUACCAUGUGAAUAGAUUGAAGUAUGCUGUGUUGAUGGGGUCUUGUGGUCCAAUGUGGGAAAUUUUCAGGUGUGAUGAUUUAGUGUGGAAUGAAGGAAUCUUGUCUAUUUAUAAGCCUGAUUUGAGGAAACUUAAGCAGAAGAUGGUCAUGCCUGUUGGAUCAUGUCAAGUUGCUCAUCCAUUUGCUGAACCAGGACAAGAAGAGUGGCAAAAGGGUCCAAUCAAUAGUUCUUUAUAUCAUCAGCAAAGAGUGGCUUAUGCGACAGUCCUACAUUCUUCAGAAGCUUAUGUUUGUGGUGCAAUAGCUUUAGCUCAAAGCAUCAUCAAAUCCAACUCCACCAGAGACCUAAUCCUGCUAGCUGAUGACCACAUUUCCGAGAAAUCAUGGCGAGGGCUGGAGGCGGCUGGAUGGAAGAUCAAGCGAAUAAAGCGAAUUCGCAGCCCUCACGCGAAGAAAUACGCUUACAACGAGUACAACUACAGCAAGCUGAGGCUGUGGCAACUCACUGAAUAUGACAAGAUCGUUUUCAUUGAUUCUGACCUUAUUGUGCUGAGGAACUUGGAUGAAUUUUUCGUUUACCCUCAACUAUCAGCUGUUCAGAACAAUGGCCACAUUUUCAAUUCCGGGAUCAUGGUUUUGGAGCCAUCAGAAUGUGCAUUCCAAACACUAAUGCAAAAGAGGUACACUAUGGGAUCAUACAAUGGAGGUGAUCAAGGAUACCUUAAUGAAAUCUUUCCUUGGUGGCAUCGAUGGCCGGGUCGGGCUCAAAUGCUCAAGAUGUUUGUCAUCAAUGAAAAAGAUUUGUCAAGGAGAAGUGGUGAAGUUCUUAGUAUGAAGAACUAUUACACAAUUCAUUAUCUGGGAUUGAAGCCAUGGAUGUGUUAUCAAGACUAUGACUGUAAUUGGGACAACUUGGAGUCUCAAAAGCAUGCGUGUGAUUGGGCUCAUGAGAAAUGGUGGCAAGUUUAUAAUGCAAUGCCUAAGGAUCUAAAAGCAUACUGUGAAUUGACUCCAAAAAUGGAUGCAAAAAUUAAGAAAUGGAGAGGGAAGGCUAGAAAUGCUAGCUUGCCUGAUGGACACUGGAAGAUAGAAAUCAAAGAUCCCAGAAUGCAUAAAUGGGCAGAGUAA